CCAUCCUGUUAGAAGGUAACAGAUUAUUUUAUUACAAGGGUUCAAUUGGAUUUUCAUUGUGUGCAAUGGUGUUAUUUGCCCCCUAGUGGAUGUUUCUGGUACUUAGAAAGACUACGCAAACAGAAAGUAGAGAAUUUGUUCUGCACGCAUAGAAGCAGCUACAAACAACGCUACGGUGCAGGUCUUUCAAUGUAGUUAUUUCUUGUCACGCUUCAGCCUUGGAAAAUAUUUGUUUUUUCACAACAUAAACGUUUUCAAUAUAUUCAUUCAAGAAAAGUCACGCCUUGGGAGUUUUAUUGAAGACUUAGUUGUUAGCUAUCUGUCUAGUUUUGCAUGGGAACGCAACUCAAGGGCAGAAUAGUGAAAAAACAUCAUCACAGCGGGCUCAAGCACAAGAAUAACUGCACACGGUGGUUAUGUUUCUACGUUCAUCAGCCAACAAAGCCUCUUAUCCUAGGGAAGACCAGCAGUCUACGAUGCAACAACCAGAGUCAGGUGUUCAACAGAGAGAGAUGGAAGAGCCUCUUCAGCACAUUGGGACCAAGUCUCAAUCUACAAGAUCAAGGUCAUCAAAACAGUCAAGCAGAUCCUCAACGGUGAGUUUUGCAGCCGUCAAAGCACGCGCCAAGGCGGACGCAGCACGCGCACAAGUCUCUUAUGCUGAGAAGGAAGCUUCUGUGAUGAAACAAAGGGCAGAAAUAGAGGCCAGCUUGUUGAAGCAAAAAGCUGACCUCGAGGCAAGUUUAUAUGUUCUCCAAGUUGAGAGAGCAGCUGCUGCUGCGUUGGCUGAAGCUGCAGCCUUUGAAGAAGUUGUAGGAUCAGAACGCAGAGAGCUUCGCAAAGAACUAGACACAGGGACACAGCCCUUAAGUCCAGUCCAACGUACAUGUGAGUAUGUGCAACAACAUGCUAGGCCCUACUUUGCUGAACUUCCAUUUGAAGUGGAGAAACAAGAGCUUAGUGUUGACCCAGCUACAUGCCACAAUCUAGAAAGUAGCAAACAACGGAGCAUAAGCAGAGACUCUCCGUUCAAAAGGAAUGAACAGCAGCAUGGUGGAAAUGGAAAACAAGCCCACUUCCAGUCACACACACAAAACUUCCCUGAGUCACAAGUGGCACCAGACCUCAUCAAGUACCUCCUACGCCGUGAGAUGGUGAGUUCCGGACUCCUGAAGUUUGAUGAUCGUCCUGAAAAUUAUUGGGCAUGGAAAGCAUCCUUUCUCAAUGCGACCAGAGACUUGAAUUUAUCAGCCGGGGAAGAGUUAGAUCUAAUUACCAAGUGGCUAGGGGCAGAGUCGUCUGAGCAAGCAAACAGAAUUAGAUCUGUCCAUAUUUUCAACGCAACAGCAGGACUUAACAUGGUCUGGCAACGACUAGAAGAGUGCUAUGGUACACCCGAAGUGAUCGAGAAUGCACUGUUGAAGAAAAUUGAGGAUUUUCCAAAACUGGCUAACAAAGACAAUCACAAACUAAGAGAACUAGGUGACAUUCUUCUCGAACUGGAGUGUGCUAAAGUAGAAGGGUACCUUCCAGGCCUCGCUUAUCUGGACACAUCUCGGGGGGUAAACCCUAUUGUAGAGAAACUUCCAUUCAGUUUACAAGAAAAAUGGAUAGCACAGGGAUCCAAAUAUAAGGAGGACUAUCGGGUAGCAUUCCCACCAUUCUCGUUCUUCUCGAGAUUCAUCAGGAAUCAGGCGAAAAUUAGAAAUGACCCCAGCUUCACCCUCUACACCUCAACUAACCAGGUGCCCAUGAAAAGUGAGAAACCUGCCAGGUACAGCAGCAAGACACCUGUGACUGUAUACAAGACAGAUGUGUCAUCUGAGGCCUCAGACCACCAAACCAAACCCAGUAAGACAAAGGUUGAAAACCCUGACCAUCACUGUCCAAUACAUAACAAGCCUCAUCCUCUUAAAAAGUGUCGUGGGUUUAGAUACAAAACUCUAGAUGAGCGCAAAUCAUAUCUCAAAGACAAUGGCAUUUGUUUCCGAUGUUGUGGGUCAACUCAGCACAGAGCUAAAGACUGUAAGGUUUCAAUCAAGUGCUCUGAGUGCGACAGCGACAGGCAUCUUGCUGCUCUGCAUCCAGGCCCAGCCCCUUCAUAUACAGACACCGCUACAGCAGAGAAAGAGCAUGGUGGGGAGCAAGGUGACGAUGCUCUUCUAUCUGUCACCUCAAAGUGUACAGAGAUCUGUGGUGAGGCAGUCAAUCCAAGAUCAUGUUCAAAAAUAUGCCUAGUCAAAGCUUAUCCGGCUGGGAAAAGAGAGAAAGCUGUCAAAAUGUAUGUAGUGCUUGAUGAACAGAGUAACAAAUCUCUGGCCAAGACAGAGUUUUUCAGUCUCUUCAACAUCAAUGACAACUCUGCUCCAUACACCAUGAAGACGUGUUCUGGGGUAACAGAGACUUCGGGCAGGAGAGCCGUAAACUUCAUGGUGGAGUCUAUAGAUGGACACAUGCAGCUCACUCUCCCUACUCUGAUAGAGUGUGAUAUGAUGCCAGACGAUAGGAUGGAGAUUCCCUCCCCCGACAUUGCGUAUCAUCAUCCCCAUCUGCAACCAGUUAUGGACAAAAUUCCAGCAGUGGACCCAGACGCUCCCAUCCUCCUGCUCUUAGGACGAGACAUCUUAAGGGUACACAAGGUACGAGAGCAAAUCAAUGGGCCCCACGACACUCCUUAUGCACAGCGACUCGACCUCGGGUGGGUCAUCGUGGGUGAGGUCUGUCUGGGAACGGCUCACCGACCAGCCAAUGUUAACGUGUUCAGGACAAACAUACUUCAAAAUGGUCGCACAUCCUAUCUGAGCCCUUGCCCUGACAUCAUCCAGGUAAAAGAGAACUACAACAGCGUAGCUCAGAAACACAUCUCUCCCUCUACAGUGCACUCGAGAGAUCCAAUCACAACUGUGAACACAGACAGCCUGGGAUGUUCCGUGUUCGACAAAACACAAGACGAUGAUAAACCAGCACCAUCAGUGGAGGACAAAGCCUUCUUGGACAUUAUGGACAAACAGGUUUUCCAGGAUGAUGGAAACAACUGGGUGGCUCCACUACCCUUUCGCCCCACUAGACGUCGCCUCCCUAAUAACAGGGAGCAGGCCAUGAACCGUCUCACAUCACUUCGCAGGACUUUAGACAAAAAGCCUGACAUGAAGCGUCAUUUUAUUGACUUCAUGCAAAAGAUGCUGGAUAACGACCAAGCCGAACCUUCACAGCCACUAGAGGGAGACAAAGAACGUUGGUAUCUGCCCAUAUUUGGUGUUUACCAUCCACAAAAGCCUGAACAAAUAAGAGUAGUAUUUGACUCCAGUGCUAAGUGUCAAGGCGUGUCACUUAACGAUGUUCUGCUCAGUGGUCCAGACUUAAACAACACACUCUUGGGUGUCCUAAUGCGUUUCCGCAAGGAUUGCAUUGCACUAACAGCAGAUGUGCAACAAAUGUUUUACUGUUUUGGUGUACGUGAGGAUCACAGAGAUUACUUAAGGUUUCUCUGGUAUGAAGAUAACAACCUAGAUAGAAGCAUAACUGAGUACAGGAUGAAAGUCCAUGUAUUUGGGAACAGCCCUUCACCAGCCGUAGCCAUCUACUGCAUGAGACGAGCAGCGCUACAGGGUGAGAAGGAACACGGGUCAGAACCCAAGCAAUAUGUAGUGAGGAACUUCUACGUCGAUGAUGGUCUGACAUCAGCAGCUACUACAGAAGAAGCUACCAACAUUCUAAGAAAAACACAAGCAAUGUUGGCGGAGUCCAACAUGAAACUACACAAGAUUGCAUCCAAUAGCAAAACAGUUAUGGAAGCCUUCCCUAUGGAGGACCGUGCGAAAGACUUAAAAGAUCUGGACCUAGGAGUGGAUCCUCUUCCCUUUCAACGGAGUCUGGGACUUUCCUGGAACCUGGAAACAGACAGCUUCUCAUUCCAGGUGUCCCACAAUGAGAAGCCUUUUACGCGGAGAGGCAUCCUGUCCACAGUGAAUAGUCUUUAUGACCCCCAUGGGUUCGUGGCUCCAAUAACAAUGCAAGGUAAAGCCUUAACCAGAGAACUCUCUUCUGAUCAGAGUGUGUGGGAUGCCCCUCUUCCCACAGAAAAAGAAGAGACAUGGAAAAAGUGGAAGCAAGUCCAGUGUCUCGCUGACACCUUUUGGAAAAGGUGGAGACAGGAGUACCUGACAACGCUGCAGAGACGCAGAAAAUGGACAGCAGAAAAGCCAAAUGUAAAAGUGGGAGAUGUUGUCUUAUUGAAAGACAGUCAGGCACACAGAAAUGACUGGCCAGUCGGGCUUGUGGUAAAAACCUUUCCCAGUACUGACAAAAAGGUUAGGAAAGUAGAACUAAAAAUUGUCAAGCAAGGAGCUGCUAAGGUGUUUCUGAGACCAAUCUCAGAGAUUGUUGUUCUUCUUUCUGAAGCAUCCUAGAGACAAAAGAUAAAAAUAGAAAGGGCAUUAUUUGUUUCUUGAUAUGUUUUAUUUCAUAGUGGCACAAUUUCAUUAUACCAGGCGGGGAGUGUGCUGCCAUCCUGUUAGAAGGUAACAGAUUAUUUUAUUACAAGGGUUCAAUUGGAUUUUCAUUGUGUGCAAUGGUGUUAUUUGCCCCCUAGUGGAUGUUUCUGGUACUUAGAAAGACUACGCAAACAGAAAGUAGAGAAUUUGUUCUGCACGCAUAGAAGCAGCUACAAACAACGCUACGGUGCAGGUCUUUCAAUGUAGUUAUUUCUUGUCACGCUUCAGCCUUGGAAAAUAUUUGUUUUUUCACAACAUAAACGUUUUCAAUAUAUUCAUUCAAGAAAA